UCUCAAACAACUACCCACUUCACCCACUUCAGGCAACAAUAACAACUACAACAACAAACAAGCAAUUAUAUUUAAUCUAAUUCUCUCCAAAUUCACAGGCACUUAGAUGGACACCGCUAACAAUGCGGAUAUACUUCAUUGUAUAUGAAGGUUACCUAUAUACUUCAACUGUAUAGCAUCAAAUAAAUCACGUUCACUGCUUUUGCAAAUCCUGCGCCGUCAUGGGUGUUAAUGGGCUCUGGACCGUCGUGCAGCCCUGCGCUCGCCCGACGAACCUAGCUACGCUAAAUCGUAAACGUCUCGCUGUCGAUGCCUCUAUCUGGAUAUAUCAGUUUUUGAAAGCCGUCCGUGAUAAGGAAGGAAACGCCCUGCGCAAUUCUCAUAUCGUCGGCUUCUUCCGCCGCAUCUGCAAGCUGCUUUGGUUCGGCAUCCAACCCGUCUUCGUCUUCGACGGCGGCGCCCCCGCUCUCAAGCGCCAGACCAUCACGAAUCGAAAGCGGAGACGGGAGGGCCGAAGAGAAGAUGCCGUUCGUACCGCUGGUAAACUCUUAGCCGUGCAGAUGCAGCGGAUAGCGGAGGAGGAGGAAGAGAAGCGCCGGAGAAGGGCGGAGCGUGAAGACGAGGGUAGGCCAGAUGUAGACGAACCUCCUGAAGAGCUUCCCAGCGCGGAUCAGUUGGUUUAUGUGGACGAGCUGGGGAUGAGCCAGGCCGAACGACAGAAGAGCAGGAAGUUCCACAAACAAGACGCUUACCAUCUACCUGAACUAGAUAGGGGUAUCGAAGGUAUGGGUCGGCCUGAAGAUCCACGCAUUAUGAGUAUUGAGGAGUUGGAGGAGUACGCGAGGCAAUUUAAUAGUGGCGAGGACAUCAAUGUCUACGACUUCAGCAAGAUCGACUUUGAAGGCGAAUUCUUCAAGAGUUUACCGCCCGUCGAUAGAUAUAAUAUCCUCAACGCGGCGAGAAUACGAAGCCGAUUGAGGAUGGGUUUGAGCAAAGAACAACUAGAUGGCAUGUUUCCUGACAGGAUGGCAUUCUCCCGCUUUCAGAUCGAGAGGGUGCGCGAAAGAAAUCAUUUGACGCAAAGACUUAUGCAGGAAGCUGGAAUGUCCGGAACGGAUCUUACCCUGGCAAAAAAUGCGCGCAUAGCUGGCGAGAAAGAUCGAGAAUACAUAUUAGUCAAAAAUGACGGGGCCGAGGGUGGAUGGGCCCUUGGUGUUGUUAGUAAAGAGAAAGAUCGCGGCGAGAUACAUAAGCCUAUCGAUGUGGACGCCCUGGACUUUCAAUACCAGACUAAAGAAGAGGACGAUGAGGACUGGGAGGAUGACGAUUUUGAAGAUGUGCCUAUCGAAGGUGUAAACCGGCUACCGAAGGUUCAGCCUGGAUCUAGGCCUAGAUUGCAGGAUGGUCAAGAUAUUUUCGUUGAUGACGAAGACGAGUCGUUAUUUGUUGGGGGGAACGUUGAAGAUAGUGCCAACAACCUCUUCGAACCUCGAAAUGGUGAGGACAUUCUCAUCAAUGAUGAAGAUGAAGAUCUUAAUCGAGCUAUCGCCUUAUCCUUAAAGAACCAGCAUGGUGUAAAUUUAUCGGGGUCGGAAGAAAGAGAAACAGAGGAAGAGGAGGAAUUUGAAGAUGUUCCUGCCCCCGAGUGGACUCAAAAGGCUACCGAAGAGCCAAAGCCGAUUACUUCCACUAGUGGGAAUAUGAUCGCGCAUAUUGUGAACAACAGAGCCAACGCUGCCAUAUCUAGACCUGCGCCGGCAAGACGGGAUAGCAAUGGGAGCAGUGAUAGCGAAGUAGACCUGCGAGCUGCUCUAUCAAAAAAGAAAAAGAAGGCACCAACCUUUAAACCUCAACCAGCUCCUGUGGUUCCAAACGUAAAGAAUCCGUUUGAUGGACCUUUACCAUUCGAAAAAUUGGACUGGAAGUCUAGCAUCUUUGCAAAUAAGGAGAAGAAGGCACCUACUAAAAUUGUUGAGAAAGAAAUAGAAAAAGAAAUGGGAGAAGAGCUAGCAUCUGAUGAGCUCGCCGGUGGUUUCAUACGGGAUGAGGAUGAAGAUGUUGCUAAUGACGAGAACAUACAAGAAAGCGGAGCAGCACGUCCAUUACCGCCGUGGAUGAUGCAAGAUGAAAUCGAUAUUCGUGAAUCUCUCAAGGUUCAACAAGCCAUCGAGCGUGAAAUCAAUGAGCAGGACCGGGAGGCCGCGCUUGAAGAGGAAAGGCAGCGGCGUAAGGACGCAAUUAUUGAGAUCGAAUCCUCGGACGACGAAAGCGACGUGCAAAUUGUCGAGGCACCACCACCGCCGCUCCAGAAGAGUCCUGCGGAUGUAGAAGAAGAUCGAGACACACCGCGGCUAUCCCCUGCUACUUUAACAAGGGUCAAUCCGCCUGUUGCCGAUGACGAAGGUGAAGUAGAAGACACGCGCCGCGCAGACAUCAUACAGGAGCAAACUGCUUCCCAAGUGGAGGCGAUGGACGAUACGGUACCUAGUCCUAGAUCGGCUUCUAAAUCAACUUCGCCGGAACCGGAUUUUGAAGAAGUCGAGAUUUUACAGCCCCCGGAAGAACCCGCCAGUAAUGAUGUUGCUCUUCAGCCAGCAUCCCCUAAGCCUACUUUUGAGGAUGUCGAUGUGCCUGCGCCAGACGCUUUCGAUUCUCCUGAUAGAUCGAAUCCUGUGGCCGAUGCAACAAAUGACGAGAUUUUUGGCGACGCAGACUUCGACGAUAACGAAUUUAGCGACCCCGAGGAAGAAGAACUACUCGCUCAGAUGGCCGAAGAGGCGGAAGAGCAUGCACGUUUUGCCAGCCAAUUGAAUAACAAGUCCGAAAAAGAGAACCAAGAAGCAUAUGAGCGGGAACUUAAAGCACUACGAACACAGCAGAAGAAAGACCGAAGAGACGCGGACGAAGUUACACAGGUCAUGAUCACGGAAUGUCAAGCGCUGUUACGAUUUUUCGGCAUUCCCUACAUCACUGCGCCAAUGGAAGCAGAAGCUCAAUGUGCCGAGCUGGUGAAACUUGGUCUAGUCGACGGUAUAGUGACAGACGAUUCGGAUACGUUCUUGUUUGGAGGCACGCGAGUGUACAAGAACAUGUUUAACGGAAACAAGUUUGUCGAAUGCUAUCUGGGAUCCGAUCUCGAGAAAGAACUAUCGCUCUCCCGCGAACAGCUCAUCUCCUUGGCUCAACUACUCGGCUCCGAUUAUACGGAAGGUCUCCCGGGCGUCGGACCCGUGACCGCCGUCGAGAUCCUUUCCGAGUUUCCCGGUAGAGACGGACUCGCGAAGUUCCGAGAAUGGUGGCAAGACGUCCAGAUAAACAACCGGCCGAAGGAAGUAGAUCAGGGAUCGACCUUUCGUAGGAAAUUCCGCAAGUCCCAAGCUACGAAGCUGUUUUUACCUCCCGGCUUCCCCAACCUAGCCGUAUACGACGCUUACCUGCACCCAGAGGUGGACAGCAAUCCGGAGCCGUUCCAAUGGGGCGUGCCCGACGUAGCGGGCCUACGGCAGUUCCUAAUGAGCACGAUCGGGUGGAGCGAGGACCGGACGGACGAGGUUCUCGUCCCCGUCAUCAGGGACAUGAACCGCCGCGAGGCCGAAGGCACGCAGAGCAACAUCACGAGGUACUUCGAGGGGGCCGUAGGGGCCGGGGCGAAAGAGGCUUUCGCGCCGAGGCAGAGGGUGCAGGGGAGCAAGCGCAUGGCCGAAGCGGUUAACAAGCUGCGCGCGAACGCCGUGGUCGAGGGGGUUUCUGCUACUGCUACUGCAACUGCAACAGAGGCAGAGGUUCAAAGAAAGGAUGAAAGCCUUGCGCCACCCCCGCAACAAUCAUCUGGACGCAAGAAGAAGAGGAAGGCUGGGAGUGGACAUGCUAUUACGAAUGAUAAUGAUGAUGAUGAUGACUACAAUGACAACGAUGAUAAGGAUAAUGGCGUUAAGAGAAGCGCGAACAGGCAAAAGACCAAAGGCGCAAAGAGAGGUAAGAGAACUAAGGUGUCUACAUAAUAACUGCGUUUUUUUUCUGGUUACCUUAGGUGUAGGUACCUAAUGUACAAUACGUCGUGGUAUUCUAGAACUAGGUGUUCCUAGAGAGGCUCAGGCCCUUUAUAGAUGCGCUAAGUUAGACAUGUAUAAAUAUAAUCAACAUUGAAAGUGAUGUGUUGUAGAAUAAAUACUCUAGUGAAUAAUACAACAAGCAUUGAAAAAAAAA